AUGAACGACUAAAUAGAUGUAGAUUUCCAGCAAUUUGAAUUUGAAGGAAUAUUAGGAUAAGGAUCUUUUGGAACUGUGUUUAAAGCAUUUAAUAAAGAUACAUAAUAAACUGUAGCUGUAAAAGUAAGUGAUUGAAAUACUUAACUUAUUGUAGGUAAUAAAGAAAAAAUAAAUGCUAUAAUAUGGGCAAUUAAUGUAGGAAGCACAAAUUUAGUAAGAAUUAUAACAUCCAAACAUUGUUAAAUUUUUUGGAGUUUAUGAGACUGAAAAUAAGAUCCUAAUAGAAAUGGAGCUUAUAUCAGGAGGUAAAGAUGAAAUAAAAAAUAGGUUCAUUAAGUUAAAUAACGAAAUGUUCCGAAGAAUAAGCCAAGUAUAUAAUGUAUUCAAUUUUUAAUGCAUUNAAAUUUAUAAAUUUUGAAGUUAACUAAUUUACUAGAAUUAAAUUAAGAAUCAACUGUGCUUUUAUUGUAGAAAUUUGCUUCUUAGAUUUCUUAUAAAUAAUCAACUGUAAGAAUAAAUCUUAGAAUGGCUUUUAUGAUUGCUUCAAAAAAUUCUAUUAUGUAUAUUUAAUCAAUCACACUAAACAAGAGUAAUAAUUUUCAGUUAAUUUUCGAUCACAUUUACAGAUUUUGAUUUAAUUAAAUCUAUAUAGUUAGAACAAAAACCUGUCGUAUAAAAAUUGGCAUGCUCAUGUUUAACUUUUAUUGAUGUUUGGAAAAUCAAAGAACAUCAAAAUUAACUCAGUAAAUAACAUUGGCUUUUUUAUAAUAAAUAUUAUUAAAAAUUAUCCAAGAAUUUUAUGA